AUGCAUCAUCUUCACUUGCACCCCCACACCUCAUCCACCCCUUCGCACGUUAUUCGGCUCCUCACACCCCAUGUGCCCUCCCUGCCAUGUGCCCUCUCACAUCCCAUGUGCCCUCUCACACCCCAUGUGCCCUCUCACACCCCAUCUGCCCUCUCACACCCCAUGUGCCCUCUCACACCCCAUGUGCCCUCUCACUCCCCAUGUGCCCUCUCACACCCCAUGUGCCCUCUCACACCCCAUAUGCUCUCCACUCCAUUCUCUCCUGCCACUCGUUUCUUUCCAUCAGCCCCUCGUCUACAGCCUCUGGACAACCGUCCUCUCUCCUCUGCAGCACCCUCUGAUGUUGCUGCUUCCUCCACAUGCAUGGUGCAUGCAUGGCGGCUCCACUACAACAGCCUGAGUGGCACCAUUCCCGCCUCCAUUGCCCACCUCACCGCACUCACCAACCUGUGCGCCCAUUCUCCCUCCACCCCUCUCGCUCAUUCUCCCUCCACCUGCCUCUCUCCAAUUCUCCCUUCACCCACCUCUCUCCCACUCUCUCUCAAUCACUCACUCUCCCAUUCUCCCUCCACCACUCACUCUCCCAUUCUCCCUCCACCACUCACUCUCCCGUUCUCCCUUCACCCGCAUCUCUCACCAUUCUCCCUUCACCACUCCCUCUCCUAUUCUCCCUUCACUCGCCUCUCUCCCAAACAUGAUUGUUCAGAUACUCAGCAAGAACAGUCUUUCAGGCUCCAUUCCAGAGGCAAUUACCAGCCUCACGCAGUUACAGGAGUUGUGAGGGGUGAUGGGGAGUUGCACCUCAAGGACCUGCACAGCAACAAGCUGAGUGGCACCAUUCCCGCCGCCAUUGGCAACCUCACUGGACUCAACGCCCUGUGCGCUCAUUCUCCCUCCACCCCCCCCAUGUCCAUGCCUUCUUUAUACCUGCCUCUCUGUGCCAAGCAUUGCGGCCACCUUGACAACAACCAGCUGGCGGGAGAGCUGCCCUCCUUCCACCACAUGGCUCGUCUCACCUCCUUAGAAGCGCACCACAACUACCUCACAGCCACAGCAGACCAACUCCUCCCCAACGCUCAUAGCCUAGACGACCCUUUCAGAUACCACAGCUUGUGUCUGUUCCACCACAAUUGCCUUGGAGACAACUCGAAGUUCUGCAACCGUGAGCAGGCUCAGAGGCGUGCCAGCGAGUGCCGGGCGUUCUGUGGGACGCAGCCGCUCACCCCGCCGUGCAGCGGCCAUGGCGUGUGCUCCUACUUCGUGCCUCACCCCCCUCACAACAAGUUUUCCUGCUGUGGUGAUGAGGAUCAGAUUCCGCCACCCAACUAUCAACCCAAGGGCCAGUGCGACAGUGAUGAGGGGUACACGCCAGGGACUGAUGCUGGCACGUGCGUCCCUCACGGUAUGCCAUGCCUGUUGAUGAGUGCUUUCGCUCGCUGA